UUGAUCUGUCAUCUAGCAAAGUUCCAAAAUGGGAAAAGCCACUAGUUCUUCCUCUUCUUCAAUUAGCAGCACCAACAACCCCCGCUUUGUUCUUUCAACUGCAUCCUCUCUCACACAAUUCAACACACAAGAACUUCCCACAGAUCUUAGGCUUGGACCAAGCAUUUCAGCCUCUAUGUUAAGGGGGCAAUGGCAACCAAACCACCCAUCUGGGAGAAACUCACAAGGUGCUGAAGUAAAUGAUUGCAGUGAUAGCAGCUUCUUUGUGAAGGUGUACAUGGAAGGCAUUCCAAUUGGCAGAAAACUCAAUAUACUAGCUCAUGGUGGUUACUAUGAGUUAGUAAAGACUCUUGAGAACAUGUUUGACACUACCAUUCUAUGGGGAACAGAGAUGGAUGGAGUUCAACCAGAGAGAUGCCAUGUGCUAACUUAUGAAGAUGAAGAAGGGGAUUUGGUCAUGGUUGGGGAUGUCCCUUGGGAGAUGUUUUUAUCCACUGUAAAGAGGUUGAAGAUCACCAGGGUAGACACAUUCGGGUGUUGAAGAUCACCAUGGUUUCAAAUUUUGUUCUCUUAGAGUGAGAUUCAAUAGUAUGGUCACUGAUCUGAAAAUUUAGAAAAUCUUAGCUGAAGUCUGCAGAAAGUUAUAGAUGUAUAUGAUGCAUAGCUCACUCUGAUCUUUCUUUGAAGAAAAUGGAAAAGAAUAGUGUUGUACAUUAUUUCCUCUUUUGAGCUAUUGAGCUACUAGCAUUACUUUCAUUCUAGAAGUAAGCUUCUAACCAUUAACUAGUCUUUCUCUUUGUUUGCCUACUUACAUGGUGUUUGGAUAUGUAUUGGACACAAUUAAACUUCAAAACACGUUAGGUAAGAAGCUACAUAUUCUAAUUCUAACAAAUAGAUUAAAAUGAUUUUAUAGUCUAAACUUGAAUUCCAGAUGUGCAAACUCAAAUUCUGAAAUGUAUGUACAAAACUGGUAGUCUACCUUUCAGCUUGGUCCCUUACCUGUAGCCACAGGAAGGUGAGGGAAAUUUAUUCAAAUGACAAGAAACAACGAAUAUGAUUCUUUUUACUUUUGAGAGUAUCUACCAGCAAUGAGGAAUGUGCAGGCAAUAGUGGUAGUCUUCUCUAAAAAAAAAGUGGAAAUGUAUGCAUUAACUUGGUCCCUUGGUGGAAGUUUUGAACCAGGGAGAGGGAGGAGAAGCUCAAUGCCAUCAAACUGAGAAAAGUUAUUUGGGAGCGUCAGAAGAAUCAAGGGCAUGAUGAUUUUCAGGUGAAGCUGGUUGUGAUUUUAAUCUGAUCUCACGUUGAUACUCAUCUGCUGCAAUCUGGUAAAAAUCAUCAAUGCCAUAUGUGGUUGGUCCUGCUUCAUCAUUCACACACAACACAAGAGAUGCUCAAUUGCUGAUUAAAGUACAUGGUACAUGCUUCAUAUACAUCUUUUGAUUGCUUACCUCAUUUACUCUUCAUGGAGGGAUCUACAAUUGCUGAUUAAAGCAUCUACAAUUGUUUCUCUAUGAGAACAUAUUGUAGAUGCUUUCAAAAGACAGCAAAAAUUAAAUAAACAGACAGCAACUAAGAUAGGAUAUAACAACCCUCUUUCAAUAUUGGAAUGCAAUUUAGUUUAAGAAGGUUUCUACGAAUCACCCUAACAAGUAAAAGGAUUUAUUUUUCAAAAUUUUCACAGUUGAUAAUAUUGAGAGCAAUGAGGGAUCAUCUGUACAACUUUAAUGAGCCUAUCUACAUUACAUUACACUUCCAAGAUGUAAAGAAAUGCUAUUAAUUUAGUCCUCAGGCAUAUAUCUAAGUCUUUUUUUUAUAAGCCAAGGCAUUGCAUUCAAAACAGCACAAGGGGUUCUAACCCGAAUACAAUGAGAAAAAGAAGACUAGUCAAAAAAGGACUAGAACUUGAGAAAGCAGAAGAUACAUGAGAGCAUGAAAUAGGAAAAAGAUGAGAAACCAGAAAGAAUGCCAAAGAAAUGACAACCAAUCCCUUCAUGGAAGUAUCAUGCAUAAGUCUUUUAUAUGAUCACACUUAAAGAAACGAUCUCUAAAAGAUUGCAAAUGAAAAUUAUUUAUCCUGUUUUCCCUCUAUUCACUCCUUUAGGCCAUGUUUGGAUUGAUAUUAGGAGUGGAAUGAGAUGGAAAGGGAGUGUUAUUAUGUUCCAUUAGUUGAUUUUGUUAAUGAUGGAAUUAGAUGUAAUGUGAUGAAAUUCAUUCCAUCACGUUCCAUUACUUACCAUCAAUUUUCAUACCCUCAAUUUGGAUGAAAGGCAAUGAAUAGAAACACUAAAAAUUAGUAGUGUUUUAAAAAUAAAGGUAUAGUAUAGUAAUAAAAAAAAUGUUCAAUUCAACACAAAGAAAAUCGUAAAUUUGUUAUGCUUCACCAUAAAAUAUUCAAACAAAGUGAAAACAUUUUUAUUCUAUUCCAUCAUAUUUCAUUCUUUCCAUAAAUCAAAAUGUAUCCCCUAAACUAUUGCAUACCACAAAUAAUUACUUAAUGUUGGAGCAUUUUAUUUAAUAAUAAUAAUAAUAACAUGCAUGAAACACUCUUAUGGAUAAUGCACAACUAUUGAAAUUAUAAUGUAAUUCCAUUCCAUAUUGUAUUUAUCGGUUGCUUGCACAGCAAGCUAAACCUUGUUCAUAGAGUUUGUUAGUCUUAACUAGUGUUAGUUAGCACAGGUUAGAGUUAGUUACUUAACUUUACCAUAGUUAGGCUUUAGUAUAUAAUUUACUCUUUUCUAUACUGCCAUCUGCAUGCCUCUUGUGUUGAUACGCGCCAAUCAGUCACAUGAUUUAACAUUUUCUAUGGUUCUUCCCUGAUUAGCUGACAUUCUAAGAAGCAGAGUACGAUCUCUCGUUCAUCUUCAGAAGCAGAAUAUCGUACCCUUGCUUCCACAAAAUGGCUUCUCUAUUUGCUUCAAGAUUUGCAUCAUCCUUUGUCAGGUCUCGUGACCAUUCAUUGUGACAAUCUUUCUGCCAUACACAUUGCACAAAAUCCAACAUUCCAUGAGCGCAAAGAUCAGCUGGCAGAUCUUCACACCAAGGCUCUUCAUCCAGCUCCAUUUAGACACUUAUUGUACUGAGUCUCAAGGAUCUAUAUGUCUCAGUUUGAGGGAUAUUGAUUCUUGGCUAGAACAGUUUCCAAGACCAACAUACUAGUUGUUGAAGGGUAUCUAUUUGAACUUCCUGACAUUAUGAGAGCAAUAAUGCAAGCAUGCAAGAAAGCUAGGAGUAAUGGUGUCUUGGUCGCAAUAACAACUUCAGAUGUAUCCUGCAUUGAGAGACAUUUUGAUCAUUUCUGGUACAGCAAGCUAAACCUUGUUCAUAGAGUUUGUUAGUCUUAACUAGUGUUUGUUAGCUCAGGUUAAGAGUUAGUUAGAGGGAGCCAUAGUUAGACUUUAGUAUAUAAUGUACUCUUUUCUUCAUUGAAUGUUAAGAAAUC